AGAUCGAGUGAACACAGCACAACACAACACUGAACACAGAGAAUCAGCUCAGAGCAGAACAACAUAAUCCAGAAUGAGCACCGGCGCCGGACAAGUAGUGUGUGUUACCGGAGCUUCCGGUUACAUUGCUUCCUGGGUCGUUAAGUUUCUUCUCGAACGCGGCUACACCGUGAAGGCCACCGUUCGCGACACAAGUGAUCCCAAAAAGGUAGAUCAUUUGCUCAGCCUUGAUGGUGCGAAGGAGAGAUUGCAUCUCGUCAAGGCGAAUCUUCUAGAAGAAGGUUCCUUUGACUCUGCCGUUGAAGGUUGUCACGCUGUGUUUCACACUGCUUCUCCCUUUUUCGACGAUGCCAAGGACCCGCAGACUGAGUUGUUGGAUCCGGCUUUGAAGGGGACUCUGAAUGUUCUGAAAUCGUGCGUGAAUUCGCCGACGCUGAAACGCGUGGUUGUAACUUCUUCUAUUGCUGCAGUUUCAUUCAACGACAGGCCUAAAAACCCUGAUGUAGUGGUUGACGAGACUUGGUAUUCGGACCCAGAAUACUGUAAGAGAAAUGGGAUAUGGUAUAACCUCUCAAAGACUUUGGCCGAAGAUGCUGCCUGGAAAUUUGCAAAAGAGAACAAUAUUGACUUGGUUACAAUGAACCCUGCAUUGGUUGUUGGACCUCUCUUGCAACCAGUACUUAACACUAGUUCUGCUGCAGUUUUAAAUUUAAUUAAUGGUUCGCCUACAUUUAAAAAUGUAACUUUGGGAUGGGUGGACGUGAGAGAUGUUGCAAUUACCCAUGUUCUGGCAUAUGAGAAUGCUUCAGCUAAUGGAAGAUAUUUACUAGUUGAAAGAGUGGCACACUUCUCAGAUGUUGUGAAGAUUUUACAUGAUCUGUACCCAACAUUGCAACUUCCACAGAAAUGUGUCGAUGAUAGGCCAUAUGAUCCAAUAUUCCAGGUUUCGAAGGAAAAAGCAAAGAGCUUGGGGCUUGAAUUUACACCUUUGGAAGUGAGCAUCAAGGAUACUGUGGAAAGCUUGAAGGAAAAGGGGUUUAUCAAAUUUUAAGUUUUUACCCUUCAAGAAAGGUUGAAACCUUCUUUAGUUGUACACUUGGCUUCUUAUGUUCAUGCUUAUGAAUAAAUUUACUGUAAAAUAAGACUUAUAUCAGAACUGCUAAGUACUGAAAUAAGUUUUUCUUAGUGUGGUUUGUAAGAGUGACCAUUUAGUGUGUCCUGGUAAAGUUCGCAUUACAGAUUGUAUCCUCCUUAUACUAUAUAUAUUACUAGAAAAUGUCUGUUGCAACUAAUGCAUUAUAUUUGUAUCA